UUUAUUUUUUCCAUGCACUGUUUGGGGUAACACUUGACUUUGAAAUAAUCAAUACAAUUUCAUAUAUGCCAGAUCAAAGUAGAAAAUAAAAUCAUAUCACGUGCAGUCAACGAUUGCGAAGUAAGGCAGAAUCUGAUGGAAGAUAAAUCUGGUGCCCCAUUUCUGACGGCGUGGUGCGAUGAACCGAGCACCUCUCGAGGGACAGCUAAUGCUGCUAUGCCAGAGCUGGAGCACGGCAGCGGAGAGUUAUCAACAUCUGAAGGAGCUCCAGAUGAAGCUGGUGAUAGAGAUUGUGUUUCUGGAUCGUCCAGCCCCAAGCCACGCACCGAAUAUAUUACUGAAUCUUUUGAUCUGCAGCGGCGCCGCCUCUAUGAGCAUUCAUAUUCAUCAGUGAAUCAAACCACACAUUCUGGCCGUGAGCAAUUCAGCAGUGCUGAAUAUCAGAUUCAGCCAAGUAACAGUGGUGAAAAGUCGCGCGAAAAGGUAGUCAACUGCAGACCAGGUAGUUCUUGCGCGAGAACGGAAGAAUUGAAAACUAACGUUCUUCCAGAAAAUACCAAAAAGGAGAAAUUAGUGUGCGCGCAGUGUGAAUAUUCAUGUGUCGGUAAAAAACAGUUAAAUCAACACGUUUUCCGUAUGCAUUCAACAGAGAGACCGCAUCGCUGCAUGGAAUGUGAAUAUUCUACCGACAUAAAAUCAAACUUGAAGAUUCACGUUCUCCAUAAACAUUCAAUGGAGAAACCUAUCAAGUGUUCAAUGUGUGAAUACAGUUGUGUCAUAAAAAGCAAUAUGAAAAGGCACAUUCUUUACAUUCAUUCAUCUGAGAGACCUCUUCAGUGCGCCGAGUGUAAUUAUUCUUGUGUGGUCAAAGAACGGCUAGAGAAACAUGUUCUCUCCAAACAUAAAAAAAUAUACUUUUUUCGUUGCUCGCAGUGCGAUAAUUCAUAUCUAUCAGAACUUCGUCUAAUUCGUCACGUUGCUGAUAAGCACCCCGCGGAGGAGCCCCGUGCCAGCCCGCAAGUUUAAACGUGCUUCUGUCAAUAAUUCUCUUUUAACUUUAACGUUUUCAUAGCGAUCAUCCAUCAUUAGAACCUCGUUACUGCGUCCUCAGUAACAUAAUUUACUGUUCAGUAUAUAUCACUUAUUGACUUUCAUCUGUUGGCGAGGGUUUUCAUCUUUCAUUAAAGCCUAAUUAAGGCUAGGAAUGCCUAAGUCGCUAUAGAUCAACAUGUUUUAGGAGAAAAUUAAAUCAAGAACAAAGUUCCCAUGUCACAUAUGAAUUAAUUCCCUUUGAGACUUUUAUUGAGAUUUUUGACAAAUUACUUUUAAAGUCUUUUUAAUCCGUUUUAUACAGUGGAAUAUAUUUAGUACGAAAAUCUUACUGAAUUAGCUUGAAAAAAUAAUCUUCUGUUCACGAAUAUCAUUACAGAUUUACUCCUAAAAAAGUUGGGAAAUACAAAAAAUUGAUGCUAAAAUGUGGGAUCUUUCCCACCAGAGCUGUCGUUUCAUCUCUAAAUGUUUUUCAUGUGAUUUUUUUAUCCGAAGUUCCGUCAAAUUGCUGCCAGCGUAUUGCCUACAUUUGUGAUCUAAAAUUUGCACAAUUUACGAAUAUUUCUUGAGAAAAGUAUUUGUCUUUAUACCUUAAUUUACCUUUAUAUGAUCUGACUGAGUAUUCUUAAUAUUCCAUAUUUAAUCCAGUAUAUAUUAAUUUCAAUUAAACUGCAAUGUGUAUCCAUAAUACACAUAUUUGGUUUGCAAUAAAGAUAUGUUCGAGCGUACA